AUGAAGACCUUAGAUGGAUCAAUAAAAUUUAGAAUUGAAUCAGCUGUUCAAAUGUGUCUUUCUCCUGAACCAAAUGACACUCAAUUGCUCACUCAAAAUACACAAAUGAUCCAGUCACCAGCUCCUUCAAUCCCAAUGACUACUACCUCUACUACAACUACAUAUGUUGGAAACUUGGAAAAUAAUGAUGAUGCGAGAUCUGAUGUAGCAUCAUGGGGUUCAGUUGGUGAUAAUGAUGAAUCAUCUACGAUUACUGCUGGUACAUCAAAUGCAACCCUUUCCCCAAAGAUAGAUGUUUUGUAUCGUGAAGAAGACAUUCUUUUAUCACUUCAAUUACUAGCCUACCUUUCAAAAUAUCCUCAUAUUCGUACAAUCUUUCAUAGUGCUUAUCCUCCUCACAAUGUAUUUUCUCUAGUUGAACGAUUUACUCAUCGGCUUCAUCCUGCUGAAAUCCAAUACUGGGCUGGUGUUAUUAUGAGAAAUGCAUGUCGUAAAGAUGAAGCUCGUGGCGGUGUUCGUCAAUGUGCUUAUAUGGCAUGUGGGAAAUGGGAAAUUUUACUUCCAUCCCAUUAG